UCGCGCAGGCGCUCGAUAGAACUCCAGCCGGUGCACUAUCUGUCGCAGUCAGUGCACGUGCGCCUUCCGCAAAAUGAUCAUGACAUAUUCCGAUCAUGUAACAAGCGGCACCAAGUUCUCCUAUAAAAGUGAUAACGAUUACAAUCUUCAAUUGAUUCGUUGGUUUCUGAUACCAAUCGGUGCUUGGCCGCAAAUGAGCACGGUGACAAAAAUGAAGAGACUCUUUUCACACAUACACAUUUUAACUUGCGCGUCUUUAAUAGCGAUUAUUAUGGUGCCAUGUUUGUUAUACGUAUUACUGGAAGAAAAAGAUAUCGAGAUCAAAUUAAACACCGUAGGUCCGCUAAGCCAUUGGAUGAUGGGUAUGAUUAAUUACUGUUUGCUUCUUACACGUAGCGACGAUAUUCGUCAGUGCCUGUUGCAUAUGGAGACGGACUGGCGGUACGUUCAUAAAAUCGAGGAUCGCCAGGUAAUGAUACGACAGGCCAAGAUCAGUCGCUUUAUCGCCGGAUUUUGCGCGGUGUUCAUGCAGAGCGGCACAUUCCUCUUCGCUAUAGCUAAAUCGCUGUCAACCACUAACGUCAUCGUGGGCAAUGAAACUGUCUCGAUGCAUCCGAUGACCUGCCCAAUGUAUACUAAGUUUAUCGAUAUAAGAUUCAGUCCCGCGAAUGAGAUCAUAGUGGGUGUAGAGUGGUUAUCGUGUUUUAUAGUGAACUCUGUCUCAGUGAGUGCUUGCAGUCUCGACGCAGUCUUUGCAAUGCACGCAUACGGUCAGUUGGACAUGCUGUUUUCGUGGUUAAACGACCUUGUGGAUAAAGAGGGAAACGAAAACGCCGAGCAAAGGUUGGCUAUUAUCGUGGAACACCAUUUGAGAGUGCUAAGUUUUAUAUCGCGUAUGGAAACCAUUAUGCAACAGAUCUGUCUCGUGGAAUUGCUGGGAUGUACGCUGAAUAUGUGUUUACUUUCAUAUUAUUUUAUUACGAAUAUGGACUCGUUUGAUAUGGCAAAAACAAUAUCAUAUGUUAUUAUAUACCUAUCCGUGGCUUUCAAUAUUUUUAUAUUUUGUUACUUUGGUGAGAUUCUCACAGAACAGUGCAAAAAUGUCGGCGAAAGAGUAUAUAUGAUUAAUUGGUACGAAUUACCGCACAAAACUGCUCUUGGACUUAUAUUGAUAAUAACACGAUCGAGUAACGUCAUCAAAAUAACUGCUGGAAAGUUAUUUCAAUUGUCUAUUGCAACUUUCGGUGAUGUAGUUAAAACUUCCAUGGUAUAUUUGAAUAUGUUGCGAACGAUGUCAUCCUCUGCGUGA